GCAAGUGCACCAGGCCCGCUGCGCACCCGGCUCCGCUCCCUGCCGAGCUGGCCGCCCGCCCCGGCCUCCGCCUGGGGAUGAAGUGGGAGGCGCUAGAAGCCACUUAGCUACAGCCUGGCGCCCGAUGCGGCGCUCCAUCGCUGCCCCCGCCACUGAAGCGCCCGCGAGGCACAAUGCAGCACUGAGGCAGCGGCGGCUGCGGCAGCGGCGCGGGCCGGGAAGGGGCGGCGGGGAGCCGGAGCCCGUGGCCGGGACACGAGCAGCUGAGCGCCGCCACCAUGCAGGCAGCGGCGGCCGUGUCCUUCUGGCUGCUCUGCGUCUUAGGGACCUGCCCCCUAGCGCGGUGCGGUCCGGCAGGAGACGCCUCGCUGAGGGAGCUGGAGAGGAGGAACGAAAACCGCUUCCUGGAGCGCCAGAGCAUCGUGCCACUGCGCCUCAUCUACCGCUUGGGCGGCGAGGACGAAACUUGGCACGACCGGCUCAACACACGGGUGCGGGGCCACCCUGGCGGCCGGCAGUUGACUCAUGUGGACAAGGCAAGCUUCCAGGUGGAUGCCUUUGGAACCUCGUUCAUUCUUGAUGUCCGGCUAAACCAUGAGUUGCUGUCCUCUGGUUAUGUAGAGAGACACAUUGAACGUGGAGGCAAGGUCGUGGAAAACAAAGGAGGAGAACACUGUUACUACCAGGGCCAGAUCCGAGGAAACCCUGGCUCAUUUGUUGCCCUGUCAACAUGCCACGGACUCCAUGGGAUGUUCUUUGAUGGGAACCACACAUAUCUCAUCGAACCAGAAGAAAACGAGACCUCCCACGAGGAGUCUCAGUUUCACUCGGUUUACAAAUCCAGACUGUUUGAAUUUCCCUUGGAUGACCUCCCAACUGAAUUUCAACAAGUAAAUAUUACUCCACCAAAAUUUAUUUUGAAGCCAAGACUAAAGCGGAGUAAGCGGCAGCUUCUUCGAUUUCCCCGUAAUGUAGAGGAGGAAACCAAAUACAUCGAGCUGAUGAUUGUGAAUGAUCAUAUCAUGUUCAAAAAGCAUCGGCUUUCUGUUGUACACACAAAUACCUACGCAAAGUCUGUGGUGAACAUGGCGGAUAUGAUCUAUAAAGACCAACUUAAGACUAGGAUAGUAUUGGUCGCCAUGGAAACCUGGGCUGCUGACAACAAGUUUGCUAUCUCUGAGAACCCGCUGGUCACCCUGCGCGAGUUUAUGAAGUACAGGAGGGAUUUUAUCAAAGAGAAGAGUGACGCAGUUCAUCUUUUCUCGGGAAGUCAAUUUGAGAGUAGCCGGAGCGGCGCAGCUUAUAUUGGUGGGAUUUGCUCGCUACUGAGAGGAGGAGGCGUGAAUGAAUUUGGAAAAACCGAUUUGAUGGCGGUCACACUUGCUCAGUCAUUAGCACACAACAUUGGUAUCAUCUCAGACAAGAGAAAAUUAGCAAGCGGUGAGUGUGAAUGUGAGGACUCAUGGUCUGGAUGUGUAAUGGGAGACACAGGCUACUAUCUCCCUAAGAAGUUCUCUCCGUGCAGCAUUGAGGAGUAUCACGACUUCCUGAAUAGUGGUGGUGGCGCCUGCCUCUUCAACAAGCCUUCUAAGCUUCUCGAGCCUCCUGAGUGUGGAAAUGGCUUCAUUGAAACUGGGGAGGAGUGUGACUGUGGCACCGCUGCGGAAUGCGCCCUUGAAGGGGCAGAGUGCUGUAAGAAGUGCACCUUGACCCAGGAUUCUCAAUGCAGUGAUGGUCUCUGUUGUAAAAAGUGCAAGUUCCAGCCUUUAGGGACUGUGUGCCGAGAAGCAGUCAAUGAUUGUGAUAUUCGUGAAAUAUGUUCAGGAAAUUCAAGCCAGUGUGCCCCCAAUGUACACAAAAUGGAUGGGUAUUCCUGUGACAGUACUCAGGGAAUUUGCUUUGGAGGAAGGUGUAAAACCAGAGAUAGACAAUGCAAAUACAUCUGGGGGCAAAAGGUAACGGCAUCAGACAAGUACUGCUAUGAGAAGCUGAACAUCGAGGGGACAGAGAAGGGUAACUGUGGAAAAGACAAGGACACCUGGAUACAGUGCAACAAACGGGAUGUACUUUGUGGUUACCUUUUAUGCACCAAUAUUGGCAAUAUCCCAAGGCUUGGAGAACUCGAUGGUGAAAUCACAUCUACAUUAGUUGUGCAGCAAGGAAGAACAUUAAACUGCAGUGGCGGGCAUGUUAAACUUGAAGAAGAUGUUGACCUUGGCUACGUGGAGGACGGGACGCCCUGCGGCCCUCAGAUGAUGUGUCUGGAGCAUCGGUGUCUUUCUGUGGCCUCCUUCAACUUCAGCACUUGCUUGAGCAGUAAAGCAGGCACCGUUUGCUCGGGAAACGGGGUUUGCAGCAAUGAGCUCAAGUGCGUGUGCAACAGGCACUGGACAGGUGCCGACUGCAGCACCCACUUUCCUCACAAUGAUGAUGCAAAGACUGGCAUCACCCUGUCUGGCAACGGUGUUGCUGGCACUAAUAUCAUAAUAGGAAUAAUUGCUGGCACCAUUUUAGUGCUGGCCCUCAUAUUAGGAAUAACUGCCUGGGGUUAUAAAAACUAUAGAGAACAGAGACAGUUACCCCAGGGAGAUUAUGUAAAAAAGCCUGGAGAUGGCGACUCUUUUUAUAGCGACAUUCCUCCCGGAGUCAGCACAAACUCAGCAUCUAGUUCUAAGAAGAGGUCAAACGGGCUCUCUCAUUCCUGGAGUGAAAGGAUUCCAGACACAAAACAUAUUUCAGACAUCUGUGAAAAUGGCAGACCUCGAAGUAACUCCUGGCAAGGUAACCUGGGAGGCAACAAAAAGAAAAUCAGAGGCAAAAGAUUUAGACCUCGAUCUAAUUCGACUGAGAGGGAGCCCCAAGCUCCUGAGCCUGGGCACUCCCUCGCCCAGACUAUCCCAUCCCAAGGCAUAAGCCCAGGGGGCUCUGCCAGCCCCCAGACAGGGAGUCGGGAUCACAGGUAUUUAAACCCAUGGUUCAAAAGAGACUAUAAUGUAGCUAAGUGGGUAGAAGAUGUGAAUAAAAACACUGAAGGACCCUACUUUAGCUCCCACGAUGGCCAACAGCAAGAAGACAGGACCCUGUCUCCUGCCAAGUCUCCUUCUUCAUCCACUGGGUCUAUUGCCUCCAGCAGAAAAUACCCGUACCCGAUGCCUCCGCUUCCUGAUGAGGAGAAGACAGUGAACCGACAGAGUGCCAGGCUAUGGGAGACGUCCAUUUAAGAACAACUGUUUACAUGUGUCACAUCGAAACUGUUUACUUCAACUUUUAUAGGAACCGAGCCACCCAGACUCACUGCAAUCUGUCUGCUCUUCAGACGCUUUGAAGGCCCUCUGAGAUGCAGAGGAGAGGAAGCCACGGCUCACACCUGGAUGGCAUUUUCUUUUUGUCAUCGGCAUAAGGUUUAGCCAAACAGUAAAGAACUCCUGAAAUGUCACACUAUGACACGGAACCACUUACGGUCUGGUAUUGGUAUGUUAAUGGAUAAUCUGCAUGACAGAUAUAUGUAGAAUAUCAAUAAAAUUAACUCACAUGACCCAAAUGUCGCAGGUUUUCCUGAGGGACCGAAGUGGAUUCAGAACUGGGCAUUCUGAAACACAUCCUCAUUGCAAGCAGUAAUGCCGUAUGCAUGAAGCUUCUGUUUAUUUUUUUCCAUAGACAAGGAAAAACAUCCCAUAAUAGAACUAGCAUGCAGGGCUGAGGCAUAUAGGACUUUUCUGCAGGUUGCAAGACUGUAACGCUUUGAGAGGCCAAUACCCAUAUGCUAACUUUAAACAUGUAUUUUUAUUUUUUUUACUUUUCAUAUUUAUACUAGCAUACAAGGACAACUGUACAUAUGUAAACAUUUUUAAAUUUAAAAAGUAACUGUUACAUAUAAGUGUAUUUUGCCAAAUGCCUAAAAACAGUCAGUCACGACUCUAUCAUUGUCCUUCAUCCUGCAGUCUUCAGAGUGUCAGUGGACAGUGUUGUGAAUAUAGUGGUCAAUGCUGUAAAAGUAUCUUUCUGUACCCGGCAUUCAUCUAAAGCGUGUGACUUCCCUUUCAAGUGCGUACAGUCUGGAGGAGGUUUUGUUGAGUAAGUGAUCAAAAUGCUCAGACAAACGUCCGGCCUUUGCAUCUGGCUGAAGGUGGAGUCCAGAUGUGUGGUAGCCGUGCAGCCUCAGGACACGCUGGAGCUGGCAGGUUCUCUCGGAAUCUGCCAGCUUGUCUAUUCCAUGUCUAAGACUCAUGGUUCCUGUCACAGUAGCCGUUCUUUCUCAGUACCAGGGCACAUCAGCUGAUCUUACCUGGAGGCCAUGGAGUGCCUCCCCUCCAGAAGGUUCUUCCUGAGAUGGAUUGGAUGCACGAAAGACACAGACCACUGAGUGGCUAACUCCCAUCCAGCCAAUACCUGAGCCCUUUCUGGCCUGAAGUUUGGGUUUCUUAACAAAAUCCUUUCAGCCAUUAUUCCCCAUGGAAGGAGUGAUCUGUUUUCCCAACUUGACUGGGAUAUAAGUCCCAGCAGCCCGUUCUGGCUGACUUUGAAGAUGGUGGAUAGAAGACCAGCAAGGCAUGGAAGUUUAAAUGAAGUCCAAGGCUACGUACAUGUAGGAGCUGCAAAGAUAGCCACCAGCCUGCAGGGAGAAGAGCCACCAGGGGUUUUGAUCCUUUAAAAAAACGAGUAUUCUAUGUGAAAUCUUAUCAUUUAAAAUGAAAAGUUAAUAACUUUUCUAAUACAGUUUUACCACUCAAAUUUGAUAACUCAGUCACACGCUCUGCUGUGGAAUACACUUCCGCCCCCGCCCCCAUCCUUAUGUGAGGAUGGGGCUAUCAGACCAGACCUCAGAAAUAUGCUCUACAUUUGAUUUCUUUCACAAGUGUCCAGGGACACAAUCUGUCUCACCUCCGUGCGGAUAUUCUUAGAUGCCCAAACCGAAGGGCCAGACUAGAAGGCAGUGGUAGAACUCAGUUCAUGUCUUUUGUAAUGGUCCACUCUUCAGAAACACUUGGAAGAUGUUAGAAAACCAAGUUAAUCAGACAAAAUUAUACAGCAAAAACAGCGUUUAUCACGACAGGAAAGGAUGGAGUUUGCUGAUGGCUCACUAAGACAGCCUCAGACAAAUGUGUGGAUGAGUUGAGCAGUGUCUCCACUGAGCUUCAGGCCAGGACAGAAGGGCAGGCAGAUGACCGAGGAAGAGAUGUAGCAAAUGAAGUGACUUUUGAACAAGAUCGCUUCAAGUGUGCACUGAGUGUUUUCUGGCAUUGCGUAUAUAGAAGGCUAGUAUAAUAUAAGGUUUAUUUUGGCUACAAGAGAAGAGUUUAUACCUUUGAAUGAAGAUGCCUCGUGUAAAUAUGCUUUGUAUUAGAGUUAGUUACAUAAAUCCUGGCUUGGGAAUUCACAAGUGGCUAGCUAGUGAGCUGGUUAUCUGUCUCCCCACCUGUCUUUCCUCAUCAAUAAUUUUUUUUCCUGAAGUUAUUAUUGAAAAUUACAAUCAUUAUCACGUGCCUUUUGGGAAAGACUGCUGCUUUCGUUUGUAAUCCCCAUAUGUAAUGGGAUGAAAAGGAUUUUCUUGACUUGCAGAGUGAUUUUAGGAAUAUAAGAGCUUUAAUGUUUUCAUCAAGGUAUCUGUCUCCCAUGUUUAAGCAUUCUUAGACUUGUUUCUGGAAUUAACACGCUUUUGUGUUGACGACUAGCUUCAAGAAGUAUGUAUCAGUGCACUCGCCAAUAUUGGUGUUGUAGAUCAUUCCAUCCAACUAUGUAUGACUUCACUCACUGAGGUAGACAGAGUAGACUCAUGGAACCAAGGACAAGCACAAUGAUUAUUCCUUUUUUAAAUGUCUAUUUUGAAGGGGAACUUUGAAACUCGGUAGUGGUUUGAGUCACACAACUAACAUCCACACUUCCCAGUGUGCCGUGGGGCCAUUACUCCAUGGAUAAGGGCAGUAAUGUGUUCGUUGGCUGCCGUUUCUCUUUCUAGUACUCUUGGCAUCAGUAGGACUGCAGAUAGCCCAAAGGCCUGGGAUGUUCUUGUCCAUUAUCAUAAAGGAACGUUUAACUCUUCCCAGUGUGUAUCCAGGGAAGGCCUGCAGUAACAGAGAAUCCUUAAAGAACAGGCUGGCCAGACCAACACUUCCCAGCUACUUUCCUUAGAUGGGAAACCUUCCUCCAGCAUCAGCCAGACAGAAAAUGACCACAGUACGUGCAGUCUGCAUAAAGGGGGAGAUGGGCGCUACUUGGACGGGCAGCACACGAUUAUCAGUGUUCUGCAGUGGCUGAACCGUACAUCCCAGCCCCUCACUUAGAUGCUAAAUGAGGAAUAACACAUCUUUAGGUUCCUUAACAGAAACAUUGCCUGGGGUUGAGAUGCCUUCUGAGUGCUGUAACCUGGGCGCUUUAUUUCGUUAUACAGUUUCUUUUCUUCGUGUUUCACACGGCUUUUAAAAUACUGUUUGCCCAGAACGUCAGCCCCACAUAGAAUUUACGUAUGAAAGAUUGAUGGUGUGUCUCAAAGCAGUCACAGUAACGAGAGAAUUAAAUAUUCUCUGUCUUCCCAGGGUGUGGGUGGGAGGCUGCUGUGUGUUCCAGGACAGAUCCACAUGGCUUCUUCUGCUGUCCUUACAUAUCUGCAUGAUUUCUUCCUGCCCAUUACCCUCUGCCUCUGGAGUUACUUUACCUGUUGUCCUUUGCUGAGCCAGGGAAAGUAUGCCAUUUCUCCUCUCUUCUUCCAGGAUUUCAGCCAGGUUUGUUCAUUUAUUCAUUUCACCCUGCCAUUUUCUAUGGUCAUAUAGUUCUAUCUUAACCUUAAAUUUAGACAGUUCUUUAGAUAUGUAUGCCCCUGUUUUUCAAUAUAAUAAUUGCCUAUUUAAAGGUAAGAUUAUUUUCAUCUUACUAAAAUGUAAAGGGAAAGAAGCCUAUCUGGCAGCUGCCGUCUGCAGCAGGAGGAGAAUAAAGUUCGAAACUGAUGGGAAUAAGGAGGAGGCAGGACCCGACCCCUGUCUGCACAGCCAGAUGGCACCACUGUCCCCUGCACCCACCAUUUCUUCCCCUGAAAAUAUAGUCAAGAUGAAUCUGUCAUUCUUACUCUACCAGCUUUGUAUGAAAAGCUGCCGUUUCUGUGGAAAAGGGCUUCAUUUAGGGCUCAGGUACUCACUUUCCUCCUGUAGGGUAGUCAAGACUACUCUGACUUCAGAUGCAGGGUCUCUUCUCUGGGCACCAGAGAGUUAAGGCCUGGGGUGAACAACUUCUCCUUUGCUGUACUGUAAAGAAUUCAAUCGACAGUUGUGAAAAUUGGCCGAGGCAGCAGCCCAUCUGUCUGUGUGCGCAGCAUGCUGUUAAAUUGUCCCUGCUGGUCACCGUUGGUGCUUGCUGACAGCGUACGCUCUGUGGGACAGGGCCUUGCAGCUCUCAGAGUUUUCCUACCAUGCCUGCAGGUGCAGAACAAAACUGCCCCAGACUUGGAAAGCAGAGGUAACAUUUUCAUUCCCAUAUCGGUCAUAGUUAUGUCAGUCCUCAACAUGUAAGUAGAAAAUCAAAACUUAAGACGCCAGUGGCCGUUUUAUUCCUGCCCUUGAUAGCCAUGGCCUUAGAAAACAGUAUCAUUACUAUGGGUUUUGAUGGCUGCUUCUAGAUCCUUCCUUCUUCUGUAGUUCCCCAUUCAGGGGCUGUGCACGACUUUUCCUCUCGAUAAGAAACGUCCCCUAGCAUGCAGGCGAAAGUUGGGAGAAGCACAGGCAUGCAGAGGAGGGAGGUUAGCUUCCAUUUCCUUUCCACGUGCUGCUUUGACUGUGCACCUUGGAAGGCACUACGAAAUGGGUCUCAGGGUAUAGAUCUCAGGAAGGGAAUAAGCAACAGGGAGUUUGGGAGAUGCUGGGUCCUUUAGCCCCAGCACGAGACCAUAGUGCACAUCCAUUGAAGCAGGCACAAGAGCUCAAGAUGGCCACUGGCCAUGCUGGCCAUACUGGGCGCCAGCAGCAGACUUGGGUGCUUUGUGGUCUUCUGGAGUGUUAGUUCUCUCUGUAGUCUACUGUCCAGUGCAAUGUCCCGGAUGCAGUGGUCAUUGGCCUACAGCACACUGGGAGGGGCUUUGGAAGUGAUAGGGGUGUUGAUCACAGGCAGCCAUGGAAUCAAAUCCAAACAAAAAUGUAUUUUAUUCUGUUUGAUUUUACAAAAAGGCAUACAGUGAGAUGAAGCACUCUUAUUAAGUUAAUGCACACAAGGCCCUCAGGUCUGUUUGUGAGCAAAGGUUAGUCUCCCCUAAAUGUAUGCAGAUGCUUGUGUGCAUAUUCUGCAUUCAAUUUACACCAUUUUGGGACAUGAUGCGUUUUGAUGGUUGAGUUUUAAAAUAAUGCAAAUAGCCCAAAUCUUUAAAUAUAGCGGUGCUACGUUUUAUCAGAUAACACAAUACAGAAAGUGCUGAAAUGAAUCCUUAGGAGUUCCUGUUAAAUUAUACACUGCCUGAUAUGAACCCCACUUUUCCUUUUUAAUCCAGCACAAUGUCAAACUGUGAUUCUGUGGCUCCUCUUUUUAAUGGGUACAAAUAACCCAACACUUUUUUUUUUAAUGGAAAAAAAAUUUUUUUAAACACUGUGAAGUGCUUAGUAAAAGGUUCCUUCAGGAUUCAGAGCAUUUUUUUUUAACUUGUUGGAUGACUUUGCCCUCCAAACUAGCAUUUCCAAUGACAAUCACCAGAAACGGCUCAUUUCACCUAAUUAAAGCAAUUCAUGCUAGUGGACAUUAGGUCUCUGCCAGGGCUUCCCCCACCACAGCCUCCAAGACAAUAGACGCCACCCCAUGGGGCGCGCUAACAGCAUCAGUGUGGUUCACUUCACGGAAGUAGGUCACGGAAGUAGGUACUCAAGUGUAUAUACUUAGAUUCACAUCAUUUAAGCCUCCUCUCUGCUACUUGGCACGCACGUCAGGUUCUUACGCUAUUUUGAAAACUCCUGGGUUUUGGCAAACACCAACAGAUAUGUAAAUGGUGAUUGCUGUCCCGAGCAAGCGUGGUUUGUUUUAUGGCCGUUCAAGUUAAAAAGUUGUUCUCGUGUUGUAGGUAAACAAAUCUUGUUGUUUUUAAACGGUCACUGUAACUCGAGAUUUAACUUCCUGGCACAAUUUUAUUAGUGUUCACUUCUGAAGCUAAUAAGAUAUCAGAGUUUUCUAUGUUACUCUCAUUGUGACAUCAGUAAAAUGACUUUCAAUAAAAGCUUUAUGUUAUUU